ACGCCCCCAAUGUUUUGGGAAAGGAGGGGAAAUGGGUAGGUGGGGUGAUGUUAUGCCGCUAGUCUGGCAGGACUAGCUAGAGCUAUAGGGGGUGUGAGGCGCGGAGCCGCGAAGGAGAGAAAGGGGAGGAAGAGAAUGAAAGAAGAGGUGGAGGGAACUACAGGGGGUAGUGGCUGAGUGCCUUGCUGAUGGAGAGCGCAGUGUAAGAUUGCAUCUGCUUGCAAAGGAGCAUUUAUGCUGCUUGGUAACCAACUAGCUUGCAGGGAGAAAAGAGCCAGGGCAGCUUCUUGACGUCAGGACUGACUGGGAGUCGCUCCGGCAACCCCAGCGGGGAGCAUUCGCAGAGAUUCAGGCGGCCAGGCUGGAGUUUAGCAGAAGGCUUGGAGAGGGCACCGGGAGACAGUGUCUCGGAGAAGCCUAGAGGCGGGGGCGCAGCAUGCCCCUACCCUUAGCCCAUGGAGAUCACCUUGGUCACGCUGAAGAACGGAGGCACCGCGGCCAUCGGGAAAGGAGAGCAGUCUGGGGGAAGCCCGGGCCCCAAGCUGGAAGAAGAGGUCUUGCGUCCCCCGACGGGGCAGCUCAACGACGCAGCCAAGGAGGGGACGCCGAGAAGGUCCGGACGUAAUCGCGCUGGGAGAAGCGAGGGCCGGGGUGGACGUCCCUUACCUGAGCUUCCCGAGGCAGUGCGACAGCAGCCUCCCGGACAGGAGGAAGAUGAAGGAGAAACAAACUCCAACCUUGGCAUGUCGGAGGGGGAAGGUUUAGGGCCAUCUGCCCUGCAUCAUCAGCGAGUCCUCAUCAACAUCUCGGGCCUGCGAUUUGAGACUCAGCUGGGCACUCUGGCUCAGUUUCCCGACACUCUCUUGGGGGAUCCUGCCAAGCGUCUGCAUUACUUUGACCCCCUGCGCAAUGAGUACUUCUUUGAUCGCAACAGACCCAGCUUCGACGGCAUCCUGUACUACUACCAAUCCGGGGGCAGGUUGCGGAGGCCAGUCAAUGUCUCUUUGGAUGUAUUUGCUGAUGAGAUUCGCUUCUACCAAUUAGGGGAUGAGGCCAUGGAAAGAUUCAGGGAGGAUGAGGGCUUCAUCAAAGAAGAGGAGAAGCCCCUGCCACGGAAUGAGUUCCAGAGGCAGGUCUGGCUCAUCUUUGAGUACCCAGAGAGUUCUGGGUCAGCUCGGGGCAUCGCCAUCGUCUCAGUUUUGGUCAUUCUCAUCUCCAUCAUCACCUUCUGUCUUGAGACGCUGCCCGAGUUCCGGGAUGAACGGGAGCUGUUUCGCCAUCCCCAGCUGCCCAAACAGCCUCCAGUUCACCCUCAGGGCGCUAAUGCCAGUCAAGGGGGAGGGCGGGAUCUGCAUCUUCUGCCUCAGGGGCCUACUAUGGCCGCUAUGGUGCCCAGAACCCUGGCAGAUCCAUUCUUCAUCGUGGAGACCACGUGUGUCGUGUGGUUCACCUUUGAGCUUCUGGUGCGUUUCUUUGCUUGCCCCAGCAAAGCGGAAUUCUCCCGCAAUAUCAUGAACAUUAUCGAUGUGGUGGCGAUCUUUCCUUACUUCAUCACCCUAGGCACUGAGCUGGCAGAGCAACAGCCAGGGGGAGCAGGAGGAGGGGGCAGUUCGAAUGGACAGCAGGCCAUGUCCUUGGCCAUCCUCCGGGUCAUCCGCCUCGUCAGAGUUUUCCGUAUCUUCAAACUCUCCCGCCAUUCCAAGGGCCUCCAAAUCCUGGGCAAGACCUUACAGGCCUCCAUGCGGGAGUUGGGACUCCUCAUCUUCUUCCUCUUUAUUGGAGUCAUCCUCUUCUCCAGUGCUGUCUACUUUGCAGAAGCAGACAACCAUGAGACCCACUUCUCCAGCAUCCCAGAUGCCUUCUGGUGGGCAGUGGUCACCAUGACUACAGUGGGCUAUGGGGACAUGAGACCAGUGACGGUAGGGGGCAAGAUCGUUGGAUCUUUGUGUGCCAUUGCAGGUGUCCUCACCAUAGCUCUGCCUGUGCCCGUCAUUGUCUCCAACUUCAAUUACUUCUAUCAUCGGGAGACAGACAAUGAAGAAAGGUCAGUUCUCAAGGAAGAACCAGCUGGUACCACAGGCCAGGGCACAAUCCACGACAGUGUCAAUCAGCGCAAGUCUAGUGGGAGCAAAGGGUCUUUUGCUAAAAUGCCAGAAAACAUGGAAGGAGUCCACAGAGGAAGCUGCCAUGUGGAAAAAUGUAAUCUUAAAGUCAAAAGCAAUGUAGAUAUAAGGAAAUCUCUCUAUGCUCUUUGUCUGGAUACAAGUCAGGAAACAGAUCUGUAAAAGAGACCAAGACAUCCAGGUGUGGGAUGUAAGGAGGAGGGGGAUAGCUGGAGGAAACUUGAGAGUGGAAAUCUAUUUUGUACUACUAAGUAUUCAAAAACUAUUCUCCAACUUGAUUUUCUCCCUGGUUUCUUCUCCCCCUCUUUCCUUUUUUCUUUUUUUUUUUCCAUGACACCACAAGGGUCACUUAUUUUUAAAAAGUACCACAUUCCAUGACGCAGGAAACUGUUGAAAUGGUGAGUGCAGUAAGAUGUAUGUAUUUGCAGUCCUGAUCAUUUUUAGCCAUUAGUGGGAAAACUCAGACAAAGAACCUAUGGGGGGAAAAAAACAACCAACAACAAAAGCUAGGGAUUUUGUGAACCCCAGAUAUAUUUGUUGCAAGUUUGAGUAUAUUUACUUGAAUAUAUUUGCUUAUGGGGGAAAAGUUAUUUUUUUGGCAGGUAAAAGGAACUUUUAUAUUGUAAUUCAGAUAUUUCUGACCUAUUUUCUCUUUUUUUUAUGUAAAUAUGUGUUGUGCUUAUGGAUGGAAAAACUUUGUGCUGCUUUUUUGGGGAACCACUAUUUCACCAGCACCUUCCUUAUACAGACACUUGUUUCUCAGCAUAAGCCUGUCCUACUUCUCAUGUCCACAAGCCUGUGUAUCUCUGGAUGUGAUGUGAACUCAGUGAUUUAAGUUCUAGAACAGAGACACUUUCUGGAAAGAAAGGCAAGUAUGAUUUUUUUUCGUGAGCCUUAAAUAAUUGGUGUGAUUUUUUUCUUUCUACACUUUUUAAUGAGGUUGGAGGAAAAUUUCUUAUAAUUCCUUUGUUUUUAUCCUCAGAAAUAAAACAUUAUCUUA